GUUAUCCUCACAUAUUUUCCCUUCAUACGCGCAGAAUUACAAGCAAGACAUUUACAUAAUAAUGUGUCCAUGCAGCUGGACGUAAAAGUUAGUCCAAGUUUGAAGCUAACUUGAAGCAGAGUGAGCUAACGUUAGUUCUAGUGAGGAGGAGGAGGAGGAGGAGGAGGUUGAACCGGACCAGCAGAGCACCGACCGACCAGUCCAGCUCCACACGGUGUGAUACUGCAGCGGCACGAGAGAACAGCACAGACACUGAGCACCAUGUUCACAGAGGUGCUGGUUGCCCUGGUGAUUGGAGGACUGAUCUUCUUCCUGGUUCAGAGGAGCAGGACCCGGGUUCUAAAGACAGAGGAUGGCUGGUGGGGGGCCGGCGCACCCCCUGAUGGUGGGGAGGACAUCACCAUUCGCCCCUUUAAAGUCACCACCAGUGAUGGAGAGCUGGAGGACCUCUACAGGAGGAUAGACAACACCCGCCCUGUUCCUUCACUGGAGGACAGCCAGUUUAAUUAUGGCUUCAACUCCCACUACCUGCAGAAGGUGGUCUCUUACUGGAGAAAUGACUUUGACUGGAGGAGGCAGGUUGACAAACUCAACCAGUACCCCCACUUCAAAACCAACAUCGAAGGCAUUGAUGUCCAUUACCUGCAUGUGAAGCCCAAGACGGUGCCGGAGGGAUCUACUGCUAUUCCUCUGAUAAUGGUUCAUGGCUGGCCUGGCUCCUUCUAUGAGUUCUACGGAUUGAUCCCUCUGCUAACAGAACCAUCAGACCCGCAUGGCCUUGUGUUCGAGGUGGUGUGUCCCUCCAUACCAGGGUACGGGUUUUCGGAAGCACCACAUAAGAAAGGUUUUGAUUCAGUUUGUGCAGCACGCAUCUUCCACAAACUGAUGAAGCGCCUGGGCUUCCAGCAGUUCUACGCUCAUGGAGGAGACUGGGGCUGGCUGGUCACCACCAACAUGGCUCAGCUGGAGCCCAAGACAGUCAGAGGCUUGCAUGUGAACUUUGCCCCGCCCUCCAAGCUGGGGCUGUCCGUGACUUUAUCCAUCCUGCUCGGCCGCCGUUUCCCGAAGCUGUUUGGCUUCACUGACAUGGAUAUCCAGCGUCUCUACCCCUGCAUGGAGAAACUGGUGGUGGAGUCCAUCAAAGAGUUUGGCUACAUGCACAUCCAGGCCACCAAGCCUGACACCGUGGGUCGAGGACUGAAUGACUCCCCAGUGGGUCUGGCUUCCUACAUUCUGGAGAAGUUCUCCACGUGGACGAGCAGGGACUUCAGGAACCUGGAUGACGGAGGGCUCACCAGGAAGUUCUCUCUAGAUGACCUGCUGACUAACGUGAUGAUCUAUUGGACGUCUGGCUGCAUCGUCUCCUCCAUGAGGUUCUACAAGGAGAACUUUGGCAAAGGCCUCGACCAGCCUCACUAUAAGAUACCCGUGUACGUCCCAACCGGGUUUGCCAGCUUCCCCGACGAGCUGAUGCACACUCCUAAACUGUGGGUCCAACAGAAGUACCGUAAACUCGUGAGCUACACGCCCAUGGCCCGCGGUGGCCAUUUCGCCGCCAUGGAGGAGCCCCAGCUGAUGGCCGAGGACAUCCAGAACUUCACUAAGACAGUGGAGAAGAAGAAGAAGUAGUAGUAGGGGGGCGGACUGAUGAACAGGUGAAUGAACUAAACGUACAGAAUGAAGAAUAAUCUGGAAAAGCAGUAAGUAGACGUGUGUGAUUCUAGAUUGUGAAGUAAGCACUGUGUUCCUCCAUGAGGUGGAAUUGAUAAUAUAGUUAGCUCUAUCUUGUGAAAUUCCUAAUCAUACUUCUUUGUCAGUGAGUCGGUCUUGUGCUGAGAAAAAAUGUUCGAAAGUUGAGCAGUGAAAGAAGCCAAACAGAAAGAGAUCUAAAAGAUCUAAAAUGAUGGAUCAGGUAUCAGCGAGGAUGUGAGUCUAUGCACCGAUCCGAUUAUAAUAUCAUUUAUCAGCUCAGUUAUGCUACACAGGAACAACAACAAUACGCGCCACUCGCUACCCGAUCCGUACAUCCCGCCUGAACGGUACUGCACAAGUGCAACUCUCAACAGAGAUGAGAAAGAAGCGAGAUGGAUCACUCCUUAGAUACUAACAUCAUCAAACGUUUGCUGCAUCUGAAAUCGAUGAUAGAAGUAGCAAUCUCGCUUCUUUCUCAUCUCUGUUGAGAUGUGCAGUACUGAUCGGCAAAAUGUCAGCAGUUUGGCAACAUUUUACAUCUCUCAAACUAGAUAAUAAAAGAAAGUUCUAUUGCAUUCAUUCUCUGUAUGCAUUUUUUCCUGUUAUACAAAUGGUUUAACCUGAGCCAGGGUUAGUACAGCUGUUAAAAAUUUACAUAUAUAUUUUUUAGGGCUGUCAAAGUUA